AUGAGCCAUCGGCGGUAUAAUCCGUUGCUUGAUGAAUGGGUUCUCGUUGCGGCAAAUCGGGUCAAUCGGCCAUGGCAGGGAGCUAAAGAGACGAAAGCUGUAGCAGGACCGUCUUCCACGGCCGAAGAGACCUUGAACCCGUUAGCUCCGGGUGGCACACGACCUAAUGGAGUUGUUACACCUCAAUACACAGAAACAUAUGUUUUCCAGAACGAUUUCCCCUCGCUAACUGACACAAGGAGUAGUGUAGAAGAAAGUGCUGAAGAAACUGACAAAGAUGGUUUAUUUAAAAUGCAGAAGGCCAGUGGAACUUGUAGGGUAAUAUGUUAUCACCCCGAUGGGAACCUUACGAUGGCGUUGAUGACUUGUGAUCAGAUAGAGAAAGUUAUUGAUGUAUGGAUCAAACAGUUGACUGACUUGAAGGAUAAGUACGAGUGGAUACAAAUGUUUGAAAACAAAGGAGCAAUUAUGGGAUGCUCAAAUCCUCAUCCCCACGGACAGCUUUGGGCGACAAACUAUUUGCCAAAUGAGCCGCUGAAAAAAUACAUAAAUCAAAAGAAGUAUGCGGAUCAAACAAGGAGUGUCCUGUUAAUGGAUUAUGCAAAACAGGAAGUUUUAAAGAAGGAGAGGAUCGUGUGUGAAAGUGAGCAUUGGGUGGUACUUGUACCAUUCUGGGCUUUCUGGCCGUUUGAAACGAUGAUUUUGCCGAUAAAGCGACAUAUAAAGUCGCUCCUAGACAUCAACAGCGAGGAGAAGAAGGACUUGGCAUCGAUAAUGAAACAAAUACUUGUUAAAUAUGAUAAUGUUUUUAAGUGUUCUUUCCCAUACAGCAUGGGAUGGUACAACGCGCCAACAGGGAAAUAUCUUAACGAGGAUACCGACUUUUGGACAUUACAUGCAGUUUUCUACCCCCCUUUACUGCGUUCUGCUACUGUAAAAAAGUUUGUCGCCGGUUACGAGUUGUUGUGUGAACCACAAAGAGACAUAACGCCAGAAAUGUCAGAGUUUGAGGAGUUACUGGAUUUUACCGUAGCGCUGGCCGUUUUUGGGAAAUAA